AUGCGGGGCUGGGGGCUGCUGCUGGCCCUGCUGGCCCUGGGGGUCCCGGCCCCGGGGGGGGCGGAGGAGGGCCUGAAUUUCCCCACGUACGACGGCGUGGACCGCGUGCUGCCCGUCACCGCCAAGAACUUGCGUGCGGCGCUGAAGCGGUUCCCGGUGAUGGCCCUGCUCUACCACGGCCCCCCCGAGGGGCGGGCGGCCCAGCGCCACUUGGAGAUGGAGGAGCUCGUCCUGGAGCUGGCAGCCCAGGUGCUGGAGGACAAGGGCGUGGGGUUCGGCCUCGUGGAUGCCCAGAAGGAAGCGGCCGUGGCCAAGAAGCUGGGGCUGACGGAGGAGAACAGCAUCUACAUCUUCAAGGAGGACAAGGUGAUCGAGUACGACGGGGAGCUGGCGGCGGACACGCUGGUGGAGUUCCUGCUGGAUGUGCUGGAGGACCCGGUGGAGUUCAUUGAGGGCGACCACGAGCUCCAGGCCUUUGAGAACAUCGAGGAGGACCCCAAGGUCAUCGGCUACUUCAAGAGCGAGGACUCGGAGCACUUCAAGGCUUUCGAGGAGGCGGCGGCGGAGUUCCACCCCUACAUCCCCUUCUUCGCCACCUUUGAAGCCAAGGUGGCCAAGAAGCUGACGCUGAAGCUGAACGAGAUCGACUUCUACGAGCCCUUCAUGGAGGAGCCGCACGCCCUCCCCGCCCGGCCCCACAGCACGGAGGAGAUCGUGGCCUUCGUGGAGGAGCACAAGCGAGCGACGCUGCGGAAGCUCAAACCCGAGAGCAUGUACGAGACCUGGGAGGAUGACAUUGAUGGGAUCCACAUCGUGGCCUUCGCAGAGGAGGACGAUCCAGAUGGGUUCGAGUUCCUGGAGACCCUGAAGGACGUGGCCCGGGACAACACAGACAACCCCGACCUCAGCAUCAUCUGGAUUGACCCCGAGGACUUCCCGCUGCUCAUCCCUUACUGGGAGAAAACCUUCAACAUCGACCUGUCCCGGCCCCAGAUUGGGGUGGUCAACGUCACCGAUGCGGACAGCGUGUGGCUGGAGAUGGCGGACGAGGACGACCUGCCGGGCGCGAAGGAGCUGGAGGAGUGGAUCGAGGACGUGCUGGAGGGCGAGAUCAACACCGAGGACGAUGACGACGACGACGACGAUGACGACGACUAG